AUGGUCAUCAGGGUCCUGCAGUCACUGGAGUCCAGCUCUUUAGAAGAGAAGAGUUCAGAGAAAUUAUCACCAUCAAAACAGGAUCUCACCGACUCACUGGAGAGAGAUGAGCAGCACAAUGAAUCCAUUAAAAGAGCCCAGCAGGAACUGAAAACUAAUCUGAAGAAGAAGUUUGAAUACAUAUUUGAAGGUUUAGCAGUGCAGGGCCACACAACUCUCCUCAAUGAGAUCUAUACAGAGCUCUACAUCACAGAGGGGGGAAGUGGGGGGGUCAAUAAUGAGCAUGAGGUCAGACAGAUUGAGACAGCAUCCAAGAGACAAACCACCCAGGAGACUCCAAUCCUCUGCAAUGACAUCUUCAAGCCUUUACCUGGACAAGAGAAACGCAUCAGAACUGUGCUUACAAAGGGCAUCGCUGGCAUUGGGAAAACCGUCUCUGUGCAGAAGUUCAUUCUGGACUGGGCAGAAGGAAAAGCCAAUCAGGACGUUGAUUUCAUCUUCACUCUUCCUUUCCGAGAUCUGAAUCUGAAGAAGGAAGGAGCAUUCAGUCUGAUGCAACUUCUGCAGCACUACUUUCCACAACUGAAAGAGAUCAAAAGUGUUGAAGGUGAUGAUGUCAAAGUUGUGUUUAUCUUUGAUGGUCUGGAUGAGUGUCGACUUCCUCUACAUUUCCAAAGCAAUGAGAUCUGCUGUGAUAUAACAGAGUCAUCAUCAGUGGAUGUGCUGCUGACCAACCUCAUUAAGGGGAAUCUGCUUCCCUCUGCUCUCCUCUGGAUCACCUCCCGACCUGCAGCAGCCAAUCAGAUCCCUCCUGAGUGCAUCCACCAGGUGACAGAGGUACGAGGGUUCAAUGACCCACAGAAGGAGGAGUACUUCAGAAAGAGAAUCAGAGAUCAGAACCAGGCCACCAGAAUCAUCUCACACAUCCAGUCAUCCAGGAGUCUCUACAUCAUGUGUCACAUACCAGUCUUCUGCUGGAUUUCUGCUACUGUUCUGGAGACAAUGUUGGGUAAAGUAGAGAGUGGAGAUCUGCCAAAAACUCUGACUGAAAUGUACACACAUUUCCUGCUCAUUCAGACUAAUGUGAAGAAUCUGAAAUAUCGUGGCUCUGAUGAAACAAACCCAAAGAUGUCAGCAUCAGAUACAGAAAUCAUCCUGAAACUGGGGCAGCUGGCUUUUGUACAGCUGGAAAAGGGCCAUCUGAUAUUCUAUGAAGAGGACCUGAGAGACAGUGGCAUUGAUGUCAGUGAAGCUUCAGUGUACUCUGGGGUGUGCACAGAGAUCUUUAAAGAGGAGCGUGGGUUGGGUCAGGAGAUGGUCUACUGCUUUGUGCAUCUGAGCAUUCAGGAGUAUCUGGCCGCCUUGUUUGUGUUUCAUUCAUGUGUAAAUGAGAACAGAAAUGUGCUCAGAGCAGAAGAAUCAAAACCUCACAGUGGCAGAGUGCAGCUGUCUGAGUUACAUGAGACUGCAGUGGAUCAGGCCUUAAGGAGUAAGAUUGGACACCUGGACCUUUUCCUCCGAUUCCUUCUGGGCCUCUCUCUGGACUCCAUUCAGCCUCUCUUAGGAGGACUACUGACACAGACAGGAAGAAGAUCUGAUGGAGGACAAUUGAUAACAAAACUCUUUCAGAGACUACAGACAGAGAGCAGAUCAGGGAGCAUCAAGAAAACAGGCCAGUACAUUCAGAAGAAGAUCAAACAUGAAUCUUCCGCAGAGAGGACCAUCAAUCUGUUCCACUGUCUGAAUGAACUGAAUGACAACUCUGCAGUGAAGGAAAUCCAGAAUUCUCUGAGAUCAGGAAAACUUUCUGAUAAAGAGCUGGAACCCCACCAAUGUUCAGCUCUGGCCUUUGUGUUACUGAUGUCUGAGGAGGUCCUGGAUGAGUUUGACUUGAAGACCUACAACACAUCGGAAGCAGGUCAUCACAGACUGGUACCAGUUGUCAGGAACUGCAGGAAGGCCAUACUGCACAGUUGUAACCUAAGUGAGGAGUCAUGUGAAAUUGUGGCCUCAGCUCUCCAGUCAUCAAACUCAACCCUGACAGAUCUUGACCUCAGCAGCAAUAACCUGGGAGAUGCAGGAGUGAAGCUGCUCUGUGCUGGACUGAUGAGUCAAAACUGUAAACUACAGAGACUGGGACUGCACAGUUGUAACUUAAGUGAGAAGGCCUGUGAAAUUGUGGCCUCAGCUCUCCAGUUAUCAAACUCACCCCUGAGAGAUCUGGACCUCAGCUUCAAUAACCUGGGAGAUGCAGGAGUGAAGCUGCUCUGUGCUGGACUGGUGAGUCCAAACUGUAAACUACAGAGACUGGGACUGAACAGUUGUAACCUAAGUGAGGAGUCAUGUGAAAUUGUGGCCUCAGCUCUCCAGUCAUCAAACUCAACCCUGACAGAUCUGGACCUCAGCAACAAUAACCUGGGAGGUGCAGGAGUGAAGCUGCUCUGUGCUGGACUGAUGAAUCCAAACUGUAAACUACAGAGACUGGGACUGCACAGUUGUAACCUAAGUGAGAAGUCAUGUGAAAUUGUGGCCUCAGCUCUCCAGUCAUCAAACUCAACCCUGACAGAUCUUGACCUCAGCAGCAAUAACCUGGGAGAUGCAGGAGUGAAGCUGCUCUGUGCUGGACUGAUGAGUCCAAACUGUAAACUACAGAGACUGGACCUCAGCAGCAAUAACCUGGGAGAUGCAGGAGGGGAGCUGCUCUGUGCUGGACUGAUGAGUCCAAACUGUAAACUACAGAGACUGGACCUCAGCUACAAUAACCUGGGAGAUGCAGGAGUGAAGCUGCUCUGUGCUGGACUGAUGAGUCAAAACUGUAAACUUCAGAGACUGGGGCUGGGUUGGUGUAAUCUCACAGAGGGCUGCUGUGAUGUUCUGGCCUCAGUCUUGCGUUCUCCUCACUCAGAGCUGAGUGAUCUGGAGCUGAGAGACAACGAGCUGCAGGAUUCAGGAGUGAGAGCGCUCUCUGCUGGACUGGAGGACCCACACUGUAAACUGCAGAGACUGGGUGCAAGGAACCUCAGCGUGGUGAUGGACAGCAGACUGUCCCUUUCCGAGAACAUUGCGGCGGUGACCCGGUCUUGCAGGUUCUUCCUAUACAACAUACGGAGAAUCCGCCCCUUUCUCACCCCCUACUCGACCCAGCUCCUGGUCCAAGCGAUGGUUCUGUCCCGCCUGGACUACUGCAAUUCCCUCUUGGCUGGCCUCCCAGCGUCCGCCAUCAGACCCCUCCAACUCAUCCAGAAUGCAGCAGCUCGUCUGGUCUUCAACCUUCCCAAAUACUCACACGUCACCCCCCUGCUUAAAUUUCAGCUACUGCAUGAGGAACCAAAAAUGGGCGAUAAGCAACGAUCGAUGCAGAAGCUGUUACAGCAGAAGCAGCUGCUGAAAUUGAUGGCAGACAAGGGGGGAGACCCCUAG